AUGGUCAGAGCGCUUCUCAUCGCCGCCCUCGCCUCCGCGGCCCUCGGAAUCACCGUGCCCGUCCCGGCCGACAGCCCCGCUUCGGCCGGCGACGCCUACGUACCCACAACGGAAGAGCUCGGGGACCUGGCCCUUGCGGUCCCCGCCCAGGCUGAUGACGCUGCGAUUCCUGACGCUACGGAGUGGACGUCGUUGGAUAACGGUGACGAGGGUGGUGUCGGGGGCGGUGUCGGGGACGUCUCCGAACCUAAACUCCCUGCUCAGAGGCGGGCUGUCGAUACCGGUAACCUUGAUACCAGCGCCCUUGACACCAGCUCUCUGGAUACCGACUCCCUCAACACCGCCCUCAACAUUGACUCCCUCAACACCGAGUCUCUCGAUACCAGCUCUCUGAACACCGACUCCUUCACCUCCACCCUGCCCACCUCCACCAACAUCAAGCGCAGGAGUGCCGUAAUGUGGUGA